CCAAAUGAUGUUCACCAAGCUGAUGUCGUAGCUUUGACAAAGUCGCCUUUUGGUUUCUUUUCCUACUGUUUUCCAAUGUCAACAUGAUACGUAAACAAACUUGUUUUUUUAAUCCUAUAGCAACUGUUUUUGUUUUCUUUGACAACUAUCAUGCUUGGUGCUGCCCCAUGAGCACUCAACAUUGCUGCAGCCAAAGUCUAUCUGGAGUGCAGAAAUAGCACCUGAUACAUGCUCAUCAGUGGAACAUAUAUUGCAUUUGAAACCUAUAGAGAUAUCUUCCGAGGAAUCACUCCUCCCGAUGUUCCAAAAUUUGGGAAGGUAUUUGGUGGACAAAUAGUUGGACAGGCACUGGCUGCAGCAUCAAAAUCUGUUGAUUGUCUUAAAGUUGUUUAUAGCUUGCAUGCCUAUUUUCUUCUUGUGGGGGAUUUUAACAUACCCAUUAUAUAUCAAGUUUAUCGUCUCCGCGAUGGGAAGAAUUUUGCUAGAAGAAAAGUAGAUGCAAUUCAAAAGGGAAAUGUGAUAUUCACUUUGCUGGCUUCAUUUCAGUUUUACCACAUAUCCCCUAGCUCUGGUCAAGGAAUUCUGCUCAAAAUUCCGGAGCACAUCUAACUUUGUUACUAUUGUAAUUCUAUAGAAGGAAGAAGUAGGGUUUCACCACCAGGCAGUGUCUAUCCCAUCGGUCCCUUUCACUUCCAAGAGACACAUGUAUCGAAGUCAACUUUCCAAACCGAGAGUUUCUAUUGGUGCAACUUCCUCGGCUCUACGCUUUGACUGUACACUGC